AUGGGAACUCAAUUGGCAGAAAUGAGAGAUAUUUUCAGUUUGUUGAAGAUAUUGGAUGAAUUAAAGCAUUUAAAAAGGACUGGAUGGAUGAAAUUUAAUAUUCCGGAGCCGGAAACAGUAGCUUGUCAUAUGUAUCGUAUGGCAGUGCUUGCAAUGCUACUGGAUGAUGAUUGUGAUCGUGCUAAAUGUAUCAGAAUGACAUUGGUGCACGAUCUCGGUGAAGCUAUUGUAGGUGAUAUUACUCCACACUGCGGUAUUUCGGCUACAGAAAAGCAUCGAUUGGAAGAUGAAGCUAUGAAGAAAAUUACUGAGAUGGUACCAUCAACUACUGGCGAAGAUUGGUAUUCUUUGUGGCAGGAAUAUGAAGGUAGUGAAACUAAAGAAGCUAAAAUUGUCAAACAUUUGGAUAAAUUCGAUAUGAUCGUUCAAGCUUUUCACUAUGAACAGAGGUAUGGUAUAGAUUUGGAAGAAUUCUUCACAACAACAAAAAAUUCAUUUACUCUGGAGCCUUUCAUAUCAUGGAAUAAGGAGUUACGGAUGAAACGAUCUCUAAAAAAAAACACAAGACAAGAAAAUAAUUGA